CUUCCACCUGCCGCCGCCGUGUUAUUUAUAUAUAACAUGACCACCAUCUCUUCACGUUAGCUGCUGGGAUUAUUUGGGACGUUCCCUGGAACUAAACCCGCCAUGCCCACCAAAGAUGCCACCAAGGCGCGCCUCAGUAAAUUUAAAAACAUGGGAAAAGACCCGGCCAAACUGCGCGAAAAGAGAGUCUCCGAGUGCGUGGAGCUGCGCAAGAUGAAAAAGGACGAGAACUUCAUGAAAAGGAGACACAUAAGGCUGUCUUCACUGCCCGACGAUGACGCCCUCUCGCCAACAUACAUCUCCGACGACAAAGUUCCAAGUUUGAGCAUUGAAGAAAUUAUCAAAGAUGUUAAAUCUGAGUGCAGGGAUGCUCGAACUCGAGGAUGCCGGGCUGCCAGAAAACUUUCUCAGGAGCGUGACCCUCCCCUGAAGGAUAUCAUAGACAAUGGACUCCUGUAUCGCUUCGUGCUCUUUUUGAGUAUGGAUGACGAGCCCGCUCUUCAGUUUGAAGCAGCCUGGGCUCUGACCAACAUCGCCUCUGGAACAUCUUGGCAUACGCAGCAGGUGGUUGAGCAUGGAGCUGUACCCAGCUUAAUUCUUUUGCUUGCCUCACCACUGUUGCACAUCAGUGAACAAGCUGUCUGGGCUCUUGGCAACAUUGCAGGUGAUGGCCCAGUAUAUAGAGACAUCCUCAUUGAAUGUAAUGUCAUUCCAGCCUUACUGGCACGCGUUUCUCCAGAGACCCCAGUUGGAUAUCUACGUAACCUAACAUGGACAUUGUCAAACUUAUGCAGAAAUAAAAACCCAUAUCCACCCAUAUCUGCUGUUCAACAGCUGCUUCCUACUCUGAUCCAGUUAAUCCACCAUUUGGACAAAGACAUAUUGUCAGAUGCAUGCUGGGCAAUCUCCUACCUCACAGACGGUGACAACAAUCGUAUUGAUAUCGUGGUGAGAACUGGCAUUGUCCCGCGGCUGGUGGAACUCAUGAGCCUAAAGGACCUGAAUGUCACGACCCCUGCCCUUCGUGCCAUUGGGAAUAUCGUGAGUGGCUCAGACCUGCAGACACAAACAGCCAUUGAUGCUGGAGUUCUCGACAUCCUUCCUCAGCUCAUGAAGCACCAAAAGAUUAGUGUGCAGAAGGAAGCUGCAUGGGCGUUGUCUAACAUCGCAGCUGGGCCAUGUAGGCAAAUCCAGCAGCUCAUCACAUGUGGCCUGCUUACCCCUCUGGUAGAGUUACUUAAAAAUGGAGAUUUCAAGACUCAACGAGAGGCAGUGUGGGCAGUGACCAACAUCACCAGCGGGGGCACUGUGGAGCAGGUGGUCCACUUGGUGCAUAGUGGGGCACUUGAGGCAAUCAUCAACCUGCUACAAGUAAAGGAUGCCAAAAUUGUUCUGGUGAUAUUGGAUGCCAUCACCAACAUUUACAUGGCAGCAGAGAAGCUUGGUGAAAUAGAGAAACUAAGUUUGCUAGUUGAACAGCUGGGGGGACUGGACCGCAUUGAAAGUCUCCAGAACCAUGAAAAUGAGAUGGUGUACCAGGCAGCUCACAACCUCAUUGAAAAGUAUUUUGUGGAAGGUGAGAUUGAAGAGCUGAAAGUUGAUACCACUGAAGAUGCAUUGGUAUUUAAUGGCGCCAAAACUCACAAAAGAUUUGAUUUUUAAAAUAAAAACUAUUUUCAUACCAAACAAA